AACUUCGCGUGAGAUGGUGUCACGCAAGUGCUGUUCAAGAGAAAUCAGAACACCAGUUAUGAAGUUAUCUAGAUACGAUGGAGCCAGUCGUAAAUUUUAUUACGAGAGCAGAUCGAUUUAUGAUAUAGAAUUUAUUGUAGCAUGUCAAAGAAAUGAAUGUAAAUGGACUCAUACUUUUAAACACACUAUAUUAUUUCGUGUUAUAAAAAAGCAUUUAAAUUAUCACUACACAAAGAGUGAUUUUGAAUUAAAUCAACUAUUAAUAAUAGCAAUUCAAGAGUCCGAAAGAGACAAAGCUCCAAACGAAACAAGAUACGAUGGAGCCAGUCGUAAAUUUUAUUACGAGAGCAGAUCGAUUUUAUGAUAUAGAAUUUAUUGUAGCAUGUCAAAGAAAUGAAUGUAAAUGGACUCAUACUUUUAAACACACUAUAUUAUUUCGUGUUAUAAAAAAGCAUUUAAAUUAUCACUACACAAAGAGUGAUUUUGAAUUAAAUCAACUAUUAAUAAUAGCAAUUCAAGAGUCCGAAAGAGACAAAGCUCCAAACGAGUAAGUAUUCACUA